AGUAAAUUAAUAAAUUUGCUACGUUAAAAUAUCAAUUUACAAAGAAAUUGCGAAAUGUCAAGUGCAAGUAAAUUGGUUGGAAGAAAUGCCAAUACGAAAGUUUAUUGAAGUGUAAAACAAAUCGAAAGCUGAUAAAAUAAAGUGCGCUAUGCAAAGUGUGUUGUUAGCGAAACACAAAGCGUGUGAGUGGCUCCGUGCGCGCUGAUAUCUUGCGGACCCCCCUCCAGCCAACUUCCCCUCCCUUUGGCUGGCAAUUCUUUGUGCGCGUGAAUAACCAAAUUAUAACCAAAUUGAAUGUGACAUUUUGGUUGAACCGAAAACGUUCAGGCUAUGGAGUAGCUGCAGCAUUAAAAAAAAUAGUGGUUAAAUUAAAAAAAUUGAAUGCAAAAAAAAUAAUAAUAAUAAAAAAAUGUGAAAAAAGUGUUUAAGCGCGCAUCGUUGCCGAGAAAAUCAAAAAUUUACACAUUUACCUAUGAAUACCUGUAAAUUCACGUGAAUAAUUAAACAAAAAACAAUGUGAAAAGCAAAAUCAAAAAAUUCUUGAAAUAAAUCAGUUUUUAUUAAAAAAAUAAAACCGGUGCUACCCAACCACAUAAUACCAACCGCAUUGUAAGACCACAAAACACAAAAAAAUAUAUUUUUUUAACACUUCAAAAUUAGUGAAAAAGUAAAAAACAAAUUUAACCGUUAACAAUAAAAGCCUACAGCUAUGGGUUUCUCAUCGGCCCUGCAGGGCCGUGCCGCGCACGAGGCAUUAAUCGUGCGCCAAGAUGCCGAACUACGACUUAUGGAGACCAUGAAACGAUCCAUACAAUUGAAAGCCAAAUGCGAUCGGGAAUAUGCGAUCGGUUUGGCUGCGGUUGCACAACAGGGUAUGAAAACUGAUCGCGCCGAUGAAAUGCAAGGCAGCCUCAUAACGAAAGCCUGGCGCUCCUAUAUGGAUGAAUUGGAUCACCAAGCUAAACAAUUCAAAAGCAAUGCAGAACUACUUGAAGUUGUCUGCGAAAAGCUGACACAUUUAUCACAAGAUAAACGUAAAGCACGCAAAGCUUAUCAAGAGGAGCAUGCCAAGAUUGCAGCACGCCUUAAUCAUCUCACAGACGAAGUUGUACGCAAGAAGGCAGAAUAUCAGAAACAUCUGGAGGGUUACAAGGCACUGCGGACGCGCUUUGAGGAACACUACAUAAAAUCCGGUCGCGGUGGACGAAAAUUGGACGAUGUACGCGAUAAAUACCAGAAAGCCUGCCGCAAACUACAUCUCACCCACAACGAAUAUGUACUCUCCAUCACCGAAGCCGUCGAGGUGGAGAAAGAUUUUCGUACAGUAUUGCUACCCGGUCUGUUGGAGCACCAACAAUCCGUACAGGAGAGUUUCAUACUAUUGUGGAAGAAUAUACUGCAAGAGACAAGCCAGCAUGGUGACCUCACAUCCGACAAAUUCAAGGAAAUCCAGAAGCGCAUCGACAAUGUGAUAAACAGCAUAAAUCCCAGUGAGGAAUAUCGGGAAUUCACCGAGAAACACAAGACCUCCCCCACCACACCCUUAGUAUUCCAGUUCGACGACGCACUCAUUGAGGAUAUACCCGGCAAAUUGCAAUCGAAUACGCUCACCGUUGAUAAUCUCACAGUCGACUGGCUGCGCUCGCGACUCAUUGACUUGGAAAUGUCCGUGAAGGAAUGCCAAGAGAAACAGCUGAAAAUGAUCGAGCAUGCGAAUGGCGGUUCACCGAUAGCGAACGGCAGCAUAACGCGCAAUGGCAGCACCGCCAGCAAUGGCAUACAAUCGCCCAAAGACAGUCAGAACAGACAAUCGAAGGACCUCAAUGCGUUGCGUUGCCAAGAGAAGCAAAAACAAAAGUUGGUGGACAUGAUUAAGUGCGCUUUGAAUGAAAUUGGCUGCGAGGAAUUGCCAUCUGGCUGUGAUGAUCAUUUGGAACAGAAUUUCAUAGAGAAUAGUUUUAACAACGACCAACAGAACUCGGCCACUUCGACCAAUUCCACAGGCGUAAGUAUUAUCAACGAGUUGCGACGACGCGGUGGCGUGCUCACACUACUACGCGGUAGGCCGUUCAAACGCAAAUCGACACCGCAGCCGACCACGCCCACCGUCAAUCGUAUGCGCACACAACGCUUCAACAAGCUACAACCGCGCUCCCAAAGUCUCGGAUCGUUGUCGAUGUCGCUGUCCACCAAUCGGCCACUGUACGAAGAAGAGUGGUUCCAUGGCGUAUUGCCACGCGAAGAAGUCGUGCGCUUGCUCAACAACGACGGUGAUUUUCUGGUACGCGAGACCAUACGCAACGAAGAGAGUCAAAUUGUGCUCAGCGUUUGUUGGAAUGGUCACAAGCAUUUCAUCGUGCAAACCACAGUCGAUGGGCAUUUCCGUUUCGAAGGUCCACCAUUUCCCAGCAUUCAGGAGCUAAUUAUGCAUCAGUAUCAGUCGGAGCUGCCGGUCACAGUUAAAUCGGGUGCCAUCUUGCGACGUGCCAUUUGUCGCGAACGUUGGGAGUUGAGCAAUGAUGAUGUCGUGUUGCUCGAGAAAAUCGGACGUGGUAACUUCGGCGAUGUCUACAAAGCCAAGUUGAAGUCCACAAAACAGGAUGUCGCUGUGAAAACUUGCCGCAUGACCCUGCCCGAUGAACAAAAACGCAAAUUCCUGCAAGAGGGUCGCAUUCUCAAGCAAUACGAUCACCCGAAUAUUGUCAAAUUAAUUGGUAUUUGUGUGCAAAAGCAGCCGAUUAUGAUCGUCAUGGAACUCGUGCCAGGUGGCUCUUUACUAAAUUAUUUGCGUAAGAACUCAAAUUCAUUGACGACACGUCAACAGAUGGGCAUGUGUCGAGACGCAGCGGCUGGUAUGCGCUAUUUGGAAUCUAAAAACUGCAUACAUCGUGAUCUCGCCGCACGUAAUUGUUUGGUUGAUUUCGAAAACUCGGUGAAAAUCUCAGAUUUCGGAAUGUCACGUGAAGAAGAAGAGUAUAUAGUUUCCGAUGGCAUGAAGCAAAUUCCUGUUAAAUGGACAGCGCCGGAGGCAUUAAAUUUCGGCAAAUAUACCUCAUUGUGUGAUGUUUGGUCCUACGGUAUUUUAAUGUGGGAAAUUUUCUCCAAAGGUGACACACCCUACUCGGGUAUGAGUAAUUCACGUGCACGCGAGAGAAUCGAUGCAGGCUAUCGUAUGCCAACGCCUGAAAACACACCGCCCGAAAUGUAUCGGCUGAUGUUAAAGUGCUGGUGCGCCGAAGCUGAAGCACGACCACAUUUCGACGAGAUCUACAACGUUGUCGAUGCACUGAUAAUACGAUUAGACAAUAGUCAUUAG